CAAAACCAUUUUUGUUGCCCGUAUUGAAAUGGCUGUAUGCCCUAUGGACCUGAAAACUCAAUUUCCCUGUAAAAGAUUACGGGUCAACCGUAUGGGUUGUACAGGUAUGACAGCUCAUCAGAUCCUGCGGUAUAAAUAAAUUUGAUUCUGAUUCAGUGCUACCCACUUUACCCCCACGAUGUCCCACCCAGCUCAACGUUUGUUGGGGUCACACAUUCAUGCACCCGUUCACGAUUCACGUUUCUGCCCUGCUUUUUACCUUUUCAGAAGAAAGGCGCAUUCAGGAGGAGAAGGGGGAGAUUAGGAUUUGGACAUUCCUUUGUGUCACCGCUGCCGUGCCCUCCUCUCUGGCCAUGAUGGACCAGGUGCUGGAUGAAGAGGUGGACCUCCACAACAGCGAAGAGGAGUCGUUUUUCCAGGAUAUCGAUAUGUUGCAAAAGCAUGGAAUAAAUGUGGCUGACAUAAAAAAGCUGAAGACUGUGGGGAUCUGCACCAUUAGAGGCAUACAGAUGUCCACAAGGAAGACAUUGUGCAACAUAAAGGGCAUCUCGGAGGCAAAAGUGGAUAAAAUUAAGGAGGCGGUCUCUAAAAUAAUCGAGCCAGGAUUCCUGACCGCCCUUGAAUAUGGCGAGAAGCGAAAAAACGUUUUCCACAUCUCAACAGGAAGCCAGGAACUAGACAAGCUACUUGGAGGUGGAGUUGAAAGUAUGGCAAUAACGGAAGCUUUUGGUGAAUUCAGAACCGGAAAGACGCAGAUGGCACAUACCUUCUGUGUCACUGCCCAAUUAGCAACUCCAAAAGGGUAUGCUGGAGGAAAAGUUAUCCUUAUCGACACAGAAAAUACAUUUCGCCCGGAACGUCUGAGGGACAUUGCGGAGCGGUUCAAUGUGGAUCCCGAUGCUGUGCUGGACAAUGUCCUCUAUGCAAGAGCUUAUACCAGUGAACACCAGAUGGAGUUGCUGGACUAUGUUGCUGGAAAGUUCCACGAGGAGGGAGGACAAUUUAAACUUCUGAUAAUAGACUCCAUCAUGGCACUUUUCCGAGUGGAUUUCACUGGGCGUGGAGAGCUGGCUGACAGACAACAGAAGCUCGCGCAAAUGCUGUCACGGCUCCAGAAGAUUUCAGAAGAAUACAACGUUGCCAUUUUUAUCACAAAUCAGAUGACUGCAGAUCCAGGGGCCGCAAUGAGCUUUCAAGCUGACCCGAAGAAGCCAAUAGGGGGGCACAUAUUAGCACAUGCAUCCACAACGCGCAUCAGCCUCAGGAAAGGGAGAGGAGAAAUUCGCAUCGCAAAAAUAUAUGACAGUCCAGAUCUUCCAGAAAAUGAAACAUCGUUUGCCAUAACAGGCGGAGGAGUUGCAGAUGCGAAAGAAUGAAUAACAGGAAAAAGUAAUUUGUAACAACCUAAAUGUGCACAACUUCCAGUUUAAAAUAUUUAAAUAACAUGCAGUUCUAACAGUUCUAUCUUUUAUUACACAUUCAUGUUCCACACUGCUUUUUUACGUGUAUUUAUAUUUUAACAAACGUUAACUUAGAUUUUAGAACCAACGUUUAAAUAUAGUAAAUGUGUAGUGAGUUCAACUGAGUCGCAGACGUACUCUUGGAGGCAACACAUGCAUUUAACACCAGCACACGGGGUAAUUGACCCUUAACAGAA